UGUAUAAGCCAAUGCACAAUCAGUUCAACCAAACACCUUAUGUUUGCUUUAACAAUCUUUAUUGUUAGUUUGUGCAAAUAUAAACCACCCAUAAUUGAGUUACCAUGGGAAAAAUAAUAUUUUAUUUAUUCAGUUGAUAGCUAGGUUAGAAAACGACUUUUUAAAUGCUAUUUAAAAAACACAUUUAGGUGUUUUUUUGUUUUAAAUGAUGUAAUAUAAUAAAGUUAAUUUUAACUAUAUAUGGCUUGACUAUUUUAGAAGCCGCUAAAUAUAUUUUUUUGGUAAAUAUAUUUUUAUGUUGAGUUAGUGUUAUUGUUCCACCCAGCCUAGCCAAGCCAUGUGAUGUCUUCGUCAUCAUCGAGCCAUUCCCGUUCAUCCAGUGAGGUUCUACUCCCUGGGAAAGUGGAUGAAACGACCAACGUUACUGAACAAAUGGCGAAGGUUGUUCCUUCUGAUGCAAACGGACAUAAUAAUCAAUUCAAGGAGAGAAUGGAACAAACCUCGUUUUCGCACAUCAACGAGUCCCACGUCAACCCCAUGUUACAAGGGGAUGCGCCAGAUAACCCCAAACUCCAUGGAGAGCUUAAUCCACAAAAAGCUAGAGAGGUGUUAGAUUCAUUUAAAAACCUCCACCAUGGUCCAACUCGUGUGGAUUCGUUGCAACAACCUUUAGAACGACUCGAAAACGUUGAUCCCGAUGAACAUAGUUUGCACCAGAUUGCGCGGGACGGGGACGUUGACUUGAUGGUAAAGUUGUUGGACCGUCUUACCCCGUCGCGUGCCGCUAAAAGAUUGAACAAGAAAGAUGGGGAUCGGUUCACCCCCCUACAUUACGCUGCGCGAUACAACCAUCUGCAAAUGUGUCGUUUGUUGGUGUCCCGAGGAGCAGACAUCCACGCACCGGGAGAGGACGACGUCACAGCACUCCACCUUGUGGCCAAAUAUAAACCAAAGAAAGAAAGAAUUGACGCCCCUGAUUAUGAUUCAUCGGAUGGGUCGAGCGAAGACGACGGACGUGAGGCUCAAGAAGCGAAUCUUAAAGUGCUCGACUUCCUAAUAGCGGCAGGUGUUCGGGUUAAUGGUAAAGAUUUCUAUGGUUUAACGGCGUUACACCACGCGUCGGUGAGAGGGAACUUAUGUUGUGUGAAGAAGUUGAUGGAUUGUAAGGGGAUCGCUAUUGAGGCAACGGACAAACAACAAAUGACUCCCCUCCACAUCGCGGCCAUAUAUGGACAUGUAGACAUCGCUCGAUCGCUUAUAGAUAGCGGGGCGAACAUUCGCUGUCGUGACGGGGAUGAUGGGACGCCACUACAGUUCGCGGCAGCUGAGGGGAAUCUACAGAUCGUGAAGUUAAUACUUGAGCACGCCAAGAGUGAAUCGCGAGGUAAACUAUCGGAUAUGUUAGAUGAGAGAGAUAACGACGGGAACACCGCGUUGCAUCUUAGCGUGGAUAGUGGUCACCUACCGGUGACUGAGUAUAUCAUAAACUGCUCAUUGAUUAACAGGAACACAGCGGCACUGAACGCUCGUCGCAACAACCACGAGACACCCGUGCACCUCGCGGCACGGCACGGACAUCUAGAUAUUGUUCAACUACUUAUAAGGAAAGGUGCGAAGAUAAACACACGUGACGACAACGGGUCGACGCCUCUUAUAUUAGCCGCUCAAUACAAUCAAGAUGCGGUGGUGGAGUUCCUCAUAACUUGGUGA